CAGUAUCACGUCCCCAGUCAGUCAGGCAGGGAUAUCGCCUUUCGCUUCUGCCAACGAGAACAUGGGCAUCUCCCUGGCUCCCACUUUUCUGGCUCAUUGGCGCCAAGCUCCGAUGCUUCGGUGUCUCGCACUUUCCGUCGUUGGUUUUCCCCGACAAAUGUCUGUUUUGGGCCAAAAUUGACCUUGGAAUUCCUCAACGUUGCAGCCAUCUAGUCCCAGAGGAAAUCUUAAACGUCACUUCUGAGUUCUUAAUUUGGACGAGAUAGACGCAACGAUGGGUUCUGAACCGAAUUUGGCUGGAUCACCCUCAACAUCAUCGCCUGGUAGCAAGCGUGCUAGAGAUCCUGAAGAGGAGGUUUACCUUGACAAUUUUCAUUCUCACAAGCGUUACCUUAGUGAGAUAAUGGCAUCCAGUCUAAACGGACUGACUGUUGGCGACUCGCUUCCUGAGAAUCUCCUGGAAUCUCCCGCCAGGUCUGAUAGCAUGCUCUCUGUCAGAGAUGAGAUGGCUUUACAAUAUUCACCUAUGUCAGAGGACUCGGAUGAAUCCAGGUAUUGUGAGACUACUACGAACAGCUGCUCAUCUCAACCCGAGAGCCGCCCCACAAGUCCCGUUUCACCCUACCGUUACCAAAGACCACUCAGUACAUUCUCUUCAGCACCUUCCUCUGGUUCAAAUGCUUCACAUGUCUCUGCUGUGUCGCAGCCUCGUCAACGGGGUUCAGACUCUGAGGGCCGGUUCCCAUCAUCUCCAAGUGAUAUAUGCCACUCAGCUGACUUGAGGAGAGCUGCACUACUGCGAUCUGUGCAGAUGAGGACACAGCCUCCUGGUGAUCCUGAGGAUCGGCCGUGUCCGUUUAUGAAGUCCCUGGAUGACUAUAGAGACUAUAGGGAGUAUCAAAUUGAUGAGUGUCCAUCAGUGCGUAUGUCGGAGCCUGAGUUUAACCAAGAGAAACCAUGCAAUAUGUUAAAUAUGAAUGCAAAGUCGGCCGAUUCGGGGGGUUAGGAGGUUGGUGUUAAUUGUUGAAUCUUACCCAACACUUGUUUUAUGGUUUUAUGGCACCCUCGGUUUUCCCUCUUAAAAA